AUGUCGAAUAUUGUGGAAACUCAGGUGACGUCGUCAACGUCGCAGCAGCAAAAGCAACAACAGCCACAGUCCAUGAGCGAUGGAAAAGGGGAGAAGCAGCAACAACAGCAGCCAACAUUUAAACAAACAACAAAAGCAUCGGAGUCAACGACGACGACUAUCAAAACAAAUAUUGAACAAUUUGCCGGUGGUAAAGAUUUAAAACCAGCUGAUGCUGGAGUUCAUCGAGGAGGAGAUGGUAGCUGUGAUAUAAAUUCACAAAAAAUACCCAGCGAAGGAGGUAUAGGAGAUCAAGUGACACAUAUAUCCAAAGAACAGCUAACAGAUUUAAAAGCGAAUAAAUCGUCAACGGCAGCAUCUAUCGAUCACAAUACCUCGUCAAAGGAACGCAGCAGUGGUGAUAAAGAUAAAUCGCACAAGAAGAAGAAAAAAGAAAAGGACCGGGAUCGUGAUCGCGAUAGAGACAGGGAUCGAGAACGGGAACGAGAUCGAGAGCGUGAUAAAGAUGGCCACAAAAAGUCGAAGGAUAAAAGCGAUCGCGACAAAUCACAUAGCACCCAUGGGAGGGGAAAAUCUUCGAAAAGCUCUUCUGAUCGAAGUAAUUCUUCAAAGUCGAAAUCUCAUUCCUCAAGUGAUCAUCACAGGGACACACAUUCUAGUAGUGGCAAAUCAAAAACCAAAACAAGUGGCAGCAGUAGUGCACCAUCUUCUACUAAGGAAUCACCUUUGGAUAAGGAUAAAGUUGCUCCAUUGUCAUCAACCUCGACGUCUGAGGCCAGUAGCCGUAGAAGAAGUUCCGAAAGCAGUAGAUGUAGCCAAAGCAGUGGAAUUAAAUUAAAUUGCUUAAAUAUCAUGAAUGAAGGUGAACAGGAAAAAGCAAAACCCAUAGAACAAGGUACACCGUUAACGAAUCACAUUGAAACACUUGAUUCCAAGAAAUCUUCAAAUAUCAUAAAAGAAGAUAUGGCCAUUGUAUCCGAUAACUCCUUAAGGAGCAGUGAAGAGGAAAUAAAGAAAACAGAAAAGGAAUCAAGCAAUGUAAAGGAGAGUGAAGUUCCCAAAAAAGUGAACGAGAACAUUGUUGCAGUUAAAAUCGAAUAUGAACAACAAAAUUCUGAAGCACCUUCUGCAACCGUCGACAAGAAUGCCUCUUCAAUUGCAAUUAAGGAGGAAAUCAAACAAUAUAUCGAAGACAAAACGAGAACCAGUAAAACACCAAAUGAAGUCUCCAGACAAUUAAAUUUCAAUAAUGUCGAGGUAACAAAGACGGAUGAAAAUUGUUUAGCGAUGGAUGUAAAAAGCGAGAUAACAAAUGUCGAUAUACAGAUUAAAAAAGAAAAAUCGGCAACAGUUGCAAGUGCAGUGGAAAAUUCUGAAUCAAUUGAAGAGCCCCAGUCGACAGGAGAAUCGCUUAUACCAAAACAAGAUAUAAGUCAAAAAACACCUGUCAAAGCUGAACCAUUGCCAAAACUUACAGAAAAUCAAAUAAAAAUGGAAUGUCUUAUGAUGCCCUCUCCAGCUGACAAAACUUCUUCGGCGGUAACAUCAACUGUGCCGCAUUCAAAUGCAAGCUCAAGUCAUCAAAACACAGCAUCAUCAUCUGUUAUUCAUAACCAAAGUGUGCAACAUCAAACUCAUUCCUCCACUCCUUCAGGCAGUUGUAGCACAGUACUGGGGUCGUCCACUUCGUCGUCAUCAAAAUCGGCUACAUCUUCGAGAAGAUCUUCAUCUGGUAGCAGUUCUCACACACAUCACCAUCACAACCACAAAUCCUCAUCGUCUUCGUCGUCUAAUAAACACAGCUCUUCGUCAUCAUCUUCGACUAAUAAUUCAUCGUCGCGUAGUAGUCGUGAAUGCUCCAGGUGUUACAAACGCUCAAAAAUUAGACGUACCAGUGUUGGAACGCAAUAUGUACCGGCACCACCCCAGCCUAAUGUUUCACGUACCAGUCGCAACAAUAAUCGUGUACCACCGGGUCUUGAGCACUUAAAAUAUGGCCAGUACUUCGAGGUAGAAGUUUAUCCGAAUGGUGGUGCCUCCGUUGUGCAUCUAUACCAGGAUGAAAUUAAAGAUCUUCCUCCCCACGAAAUGGACGAACUAGUGGAUGAGUUCUUCGAAGUUUGCUUCGCAGAAGAUGAAGAAGGUUAUGCCCAUCAUGUCAUGGGAAUUGUGCACGAUGCGGCGAGAUACUUGCCGGAUUUAUUACAACAUAUGGCAGAAAAUUAUUCAACUCUUACAGUAAAGGCUGGUGUCCUAGGAAGGAAUUCAGACAUUGAAACAUGUACAAUGGCACAGUACUAUGAACAGGUUGUUCGAAAUUAUUCCCAAGGAACAUUUCGUUAUGGACCUCUACAUCAAAUUAGUUUGGUGGGCAAAGUACAUGAAGAAGUCGGUGGUUAUUUUCCCGAUUUAUUGGGGAGAAUAGAACAAAAUCCUUUCUUAAAGAAGACUAUGCCUUGGGGACCCUAUUCAAUAUUGCAAACCGACCCUCGAUUAUCUAACGAUGGUCCAAUUUUAUGGAUACGAUCUGGUGAACAAUUGGUGCCUACAGCUGAGCUGAAUAGCAAAACCCCUUUGAAACGUCAGAGGACACGGAUCAAUGAAUUACGAAACUUACAAUAUUUACCACGUCUAUCAGAGGCUCGUGAAACAAUGAUAGAAGAUCGUACUAAGGCACACGCGGAUCAUGUAGGCCACGGCCAUGAACGUAUAACAACAGCAGCUGUUGGCAUUCUUAAAGCAGUCCAUGGAGGUGAAUCGUAUACACAAAAUCGCAUUACCAAAGAUGUGGUAGCAUUUGCAGCUCAAGAUUUCAAUCAACUGGUGGGAACACUCCAGUUGGAUUUACACGAACCACCAAUUUCGCAAUGUGUCCAGUGGAUUGAGGAUGCCAAAUUAAAUCAGCUACGACGCGAUGGUAUACGUUAUGCUCGCAUCAAAUUAUGUGAUAACGAUAUAUAUUUUUUACCGCGAAAUAUUAUACACCAGUUUCGCACGGUGACGGCUGUGACCAGUGUUGCUUGGCACUUGAGAUUACGUCAGUAUUAUCCUGGCCAGGAGGUAAUUAACGAAAAGAAUAAUCCAGUAUUGGCAGAGCCACCACAAUACAAAGAAAAACAGACAAUUCUACCGAAUCCCAUUUCUCACGAUGAUGUCCACACUAAGAAGACACCAUGCAAACGUAACCAUGAGGGGAAAGCUAAAAAAUCUGAAACAAAGAAGCUUAUUGACAUGGAAAGUCGUAGUCGUUUGUCCAGUGAGAGUGGUACCGACGAUUCUACAGCAGCUGUGAAAGAUGAUCCGGAAACUCCCACAAAAAAGAAACAAUCAGCAAAAGAUGAACCCAAAAUCGAUAUGCGCAAAAUGGUAAUUGAACACAAUAUGAUAAAUAAAGUUGUUGCAACAGUGGCUUCAUCACCCAAUAAGGCAGAAAAGCCGAAGAAAGCUAAGUCAAGUGAUGGUGAAUACCCGAAAGAGAAAAAGGAAAAACGUAAACAUAAGGAUGACAGUAGUGCAUCAAAAUCGAAUAAAUCAUCUUCGCUGACUCCCAAGAAGCCCAAAGCUUCGUCCGCCGAUAUAGUAGUAAGCAGUGAAACAAUCUCAACAAAAACACUAUCCACCACUAACACGGUGCCGCUGACAAAUUCCAGUAACUUACCCAGUAAUAAGGUUAAACUUCCAGAACCAAUAGUGCCUGCAUUACCUAUGCCUCUAGUACCUCCCACGCCGUUUACACACCGAGAAGCUUAUGUGAAUAGCCUAAAUCAAAAAGAACCAGAAAUAAAAAUACAAGUACAAAUAGUAUCCGAUGAACCUCCUCCAUCAUCAUCAUCAUCAUCAGUUCCCACAUCAACACCAUCAACUCAUUUAAGCAGCUUUCAACCUCCUCCACCCGCCACUAGCGUAUCAUCAUCUCCCCAAUUACCGAAUGUUGUAUCUACUACUACCUCCACCACGAUUCAAGUCACUACUAUAACAUCCCCUCCAUCGCCCACACCUGCUCCUCCAAAUAAUAUAAUACGCGUCGAAGAAGCCCUUAUACCCCCUCACGCAACUGGAAACAUAGCUGACGAUAUAAUUUUAUCACAACCGCAAUUGGUAGUUGACCACGAGGAAGAAGUGAUCAUAUCAGAGGAAAUUGAAACCACCACAGCGCCAAUGACAACGGUAGUGGCGUGUCCCAAUCAAACCUAUCCGCCAUUACCGCCCUUACCUCCCUUGCCGCCACUUCCACCACCGCCUCCCAUACAAACCCCACAGCCACCACCACCUCCUCCCCCAGUAAACAAUAACGAUUCAAAAGCCAUUAAGACAACCAAAGUUUCAACAUCAAGUAGUUCUUCAUCAGGCACUCCUUCGAAAUCUCAUAAAAGUUGUUCAAAGGUAUCCUCGAGCAAGCACAAUAAAUCUUCGGCGGAUCUCAUAAGCUCCAUAUUGGCCUGCAUGGAUAAUCGAACUACUAGCAGUUCAACAAACACUAACAGUUCAUCAAGUAGCGGCAGUACUUCUUCAUCGUCGUCGUCGUCCAUACCUUAUACAUCUUCCAUGCAUUGA